GCAGCAGGAGCAGCAACAGCAGAAGGACGAGCAUGGGCCGCUGGGCGGGAUCGCUCAGCACAUGCAGGGCAGGCGGCCAUUCCGGGAGCCACUCGGGAGCCUGCAGGGCCGCUGCGGCGCGCGUGGGGCUCGACGAGCUCUUGGUUAAUCCGUCGGGCUCGCGCUCACUUGCACGUCGCAAGCUUCCGCUCGCGCUGGCGCUCGCGCUCUCGCGCGCGCGUGCAGCGCCAGCGUGCACUUUGGCCUCGACAGCUCCGACGCGCGACUGGAGACUUGUCGGGUACUCAGAGGACACUGGGGCGCGCCUGCACACCGGCUUCGGCGCGCGGCCACCGCCCAGCGAUUAG